AUGAUAGACGUCGUCAGAAUAUUCAGCAAGGGAGGACUCAUCCUCUGGUCCUACACCUUCUACGAAAUAGACGACGUGACAAUACGAACCAUCGUGAAGCAAAUACUUAUAGAGGAGAAGUACGAGGACUUCUGCAAAAAGUACAAUAAAUUCCACGCCAAAUGGAAACUGCUUAACGAUGUCGAUGUUGUUAUCCUCAUUGUUUAUCAAGGGAUACAGAAUUCUGCUUAUGUAGAGAAUUUAUUUUUAAGAAUUAAAAAAUCCUUUGUGAAGCUUUUGCCCAAAAGUUUGGACUACUUUGAUGUGGACCUGCCCCUGAACUUCGACAAACAGUUUUUGAAAAUCGUCGAGGACGUGGAGGCUAAAAUGGCCUCCACGGGGGCGGGGGCGGACAGACGGGGAAGCGUGGACGGACGAAAGGGAAGCAAAGAUGGGCGGAAAGGCAGCAUAGGCGGACGACGAAACAGCGCAGACACGCGAACCAGCACCGAUAAAUCGAGGGAUAAUCAUACGGACGCUAGCGAAGACACAGGUGCCAGCGAACGCACAGAUGCAGACAGCUACUCAGACAACAGCGACGGAAAUUAUGACGAAACCAAAGGGAAGAGCAAACCUGGCGGACACAAAAUGGAAGUACAGAAAUACAGCAAGCAGAGAAGCGACGAGGAUGACAAAACGCUGGAGGACGAUGAACCGAGUGUAAAGCGAAAAAGUAAAACGAAGAAAAAAAGUGCAAGGGAAUGGGAACUAAGCAAAAAGAUAACCAAAAGGGACAUCGAAAAAUUGGAUUACUCAAAAAAUGAAAAGAACUCAACCGAUGUACACGAAAUGAAUAAGUACCAAGGAGAGUUUGACGACUCAAGUGACUGCAAUGUGGAUAGUAAUAAUAAUCUACUCAACAAAUUAAAUGAUUCCAUUUUGAAGGUCUUCUCGUACAAUAGUAAGAUAGAGGAAAAUGACAUUGAGGCAGUCUUACAAGGAGUUAAAAAUAAGCUGCUCUCUAAAAAUGUGGCAGUAGGAAUAUGUGACACGCUGAUUGAGAAGAUGAAGGGGAACCUAAUUGGAAAGAAGAAAACCCUCUUCUCUAUGAAUGUCAAAAAAACAAUUUCCACUGUUUUGUCCGAGACUAUCCAAUCCAUAUUGAUACCAAAAGAAUCGGUUGAUGUCCUCCGAGCCGCCUUGGAAGCAAAAUCGAUUGGCAAAUUAUACUCAAUUGUUUUCUUGGGUGUUAAUGGAGUAGGGAAAUCAACAAAUUUAGCCAAAGUUUGCUAUUAUCUUAAGACGAAAGGGAAUCUAAAAAUUAUGAUCGCCGCGUGCGAUACUUUUCGAGCCGGUGCCGUGGAACAGCUAAGAACCCAUGCCAAUUGCUUAGAUGUUUUCCUUUACGAAAAAGGGUAUGGAAAAGACGCAGCAGCUAUUGCGAAGGAAGCCAUUGCGUAUGCAAAGAAAGAAAAUUUCCAUGUUAUACUGAUCGAUACUGCUGGGAGAAUGCAAGAUAAUGAGCCCCUCAUGAGAUCGUUAGGGAAACUUAUUUUGAUAAAUAACCCUGAUUUUAUUUUAUUUGUUGGCGAAGCAUUAGUUGGUAAUGAUGCCAUUGAUCAGCUGAAGAAGUUCAACCAAGCGUUAACCGAUGCUACGUGUAACGCUAACAAGAGGACCAUCGAUGGAAUUCUCCUCACCAAAUUUGACACCGUCGAUGACAAAGUGGGCACGGCCCUUUCCAUGGUAUACCUCACGGGAAAGCCCAUCGUCUUCGUCGGCAUCGGUCAGAAGUACACCCACUUGAAGAAGUUCAACGUUAAUAUGGUCGUCAAGGCGUUGAGCUAG